ACUUCGAGAUUUUUGUUCGAAAUUUUAGUUUUUCGCGAUGGCUCACAUUCUGCAAUUGCCCGACGAGAUAAUUGAGUACAUUUUGGACAACUUGCCGCCUUAUCGGGACUUGGAAAAUUGCAAGGAGGUGUGCCAACGAUGGUUUUUGCUCGUCGAGAAUGUCUUCAAACACAAAAAAUUGAGUCUAAAUAAGGGUCUGCUCGAGUACAAUCUCCUGUGGAAGACUUAUUGUCUCGGGAAUCGCAAUCCAAAGUUGAUUCCAGCGCCGCGUUAUGCUCAUUCAUCGAUUGUGAUAGGUAAUUUUAUGUACGUUUUCGGAGGUUCGAGUGUCGGAGGAGCCUUCAACGACUUGUGGUCUUUCAAUUUAUCGUCACGCGAAUGGUCUCGCCCCGUUUCCAUGGGCAAUUACCCCAAUCCAAAGGCAAAUUCCUCGCUUGUGAGGUACCGAAACACGUUAAUUUUGUUCGGGGGAUGGCGUCAAACGAGCGGAAACACGCAUCAGCCUCACUUGCUGUUCAACGAGUUGCAUUGUUACGACCUGGAAGAGCGUCGAUGGACAAUAAAAAACUUCAGUUACGGUCCGAAUCCGACAGCAGCACAUACAGCAACGGUUCAUCGUGAUAAAAUGGUUGUUUUUGGGGGUUUUAGUCGGUUGGAGAACGAUGUGCAAGGCACGACAAACGAAGUUUGGUACUUGGAUCUGAAGACUUUUGUCUGGCGGAAGCCCAAAAUCCUCGAUAAAAAGCCGACAGCACGUUACGGGCACUUUCAAGUUGUGAUAGAUGACGAUACGUUGAUGAUGAUGGGCGGAUGCGGCGGUCCAAAUAACCUUUUUUCCGAUGCAUGGACCCUGAAUAUGGCGGGCGAUGUGUGGAAAUGGGAGCCAAUUACGAUCAAGAACAAAAAAUUCACUGCCAAUCACAUGUGGUGCAAUCCAGCGGCGAUUAUCGAUCAAAAACUCGUGAUAAUUGGACCAACGCCGGCACAACCGAUCGACUUGAAGAUCCCCAAACAGCAGCUGGGGGUCAACAGACCCAUUAGAAUGCCGAAUAAUUUGCCUCCUGAAGUGAAUGGAAGACCGCAACAACGAAUUUCCGCGGAAAAUCAACGAAAUGAGCUUCCCCCGCCUGCGAAUCCGCCUCCUGCGAGUCCGCCGCGUGUCAAUAGUUUCAACGACGAAGCUCUCCGACUCCAACGAAGCUUGUGCAUUCGCUCAAGUCAACAAAAUUCCUUUGAUCCGACGCUUCCGAGACGCUUUAAUGAACCAAUUAUUCAUGGAACCAUCAAGAUGGCAGCCUUUAAUGUCGAAAAAAAUUCGCAACUUCCGCAGCAGAUCCAAAGGGAACGUCAACUCGAGAAUUUGCGACGCAUGGAAAUCAAAAUUCAGCGAGAACGGAACAAUAAAAGGCGCGAAGAGGAGGCGAGUAAAAAGACAAAACGCCCGAAAACGAAUUGUUUGGCGAUUUUUGUGUGUGAUUUCUCGGGAGUUUCGUCCGCAGCAGCGUCAAGCAGCAUCGAAUGGAUGGAAUAUAAAAAUUUUGGACUUUUUGAGGGGGCGCCCGAGAAGAAAAUUUGCAGCUCCAUGGUUGCAGGUACGGGCGAAUUGAUACUUUUUGGGGGAUUGCAACGCGAAACGACCUCGGAAACCGCCACAAAUGCCAUACACUUUCUCACAUAUCCAUCAACGGUUCUCUAACUAACUUCUCUAGGUCCUAGUUUUAUU